AUGCCUCUCCGCCUCGCAAUCCUCGAAGCCGACACGCCCGUCCCGGCCGCCAACGAGCGCUAUGGGGGGUAUUUUGGCGUAUUCAAGCACCUGUUCACCCGCGCCGUAGCCCCCGCGCCGCUCGAGUCCGAACUCAUCCUCACCGGCCACAACGUGGUCCAUAACCCCUCGACGGCCUACCCGAAUCUGGAGGAUGUUGACGCCAUCCUGAUCUCGGGCUCCAAGCACAACGCCUUCGAGGACGACGAGUGGAUCCUCACCCUCGUCGAGUUCGUGCGCAAGGCCCUGCUCCACGACCGGGUAAAGGUGGUGGGCAUCUGCUUCGGCCAUCAAAUCGUUGCCCGGGCGCUGGGUGCGUUGGUUGCGCGGAGUGACCAGGGAUGGGAGAUCAGCGUGGUUGAGACGCGGUUGACUGAGAAGGGGAAGGAGGUGUUUGGGAAGGAGAGGGAGACGUUGCAAAUGCACCGCGACCAGGUGUUUGGCGUCCCACCUGGCGCCGAAGUACUAGCGUCGACAGACAAGUGCCCGAACCACGGCUUCCUCAUCCCCGGCCGCGCGAUCACCGUACAGGGGCAUCCGGAGUUUACCGAAGACAUCAUGGGGGAGAUCCUCGAGCUACGGCACGAGUCAGGGCUGUUUGUUGAUGACUUGUACCGGAGUGGCAAGGAGCGGAACGGGGACCACCACGACGGCAUUUUCAUGGCGCAGGUCUUCCUGAAAUUCUUGCAAGAGCAAUAA